ACUAAACAGCUUGUGUUUCUUGAAUCUCUUUAAUUUGAGGUCUUAACUCUGCAAAUGGAACAGGAGCCGCACCCACCCGUGUGUCCGGGUUGCCUCCAGGACCCUCAGAUCAACAUCUGCCCUCAGUGUGAACACACAUCCACAUCUGAGACUGAUCCGGAUCAACCCGAGAGUCUGGAGAGAGCAGACCCGGAUCGGUCCGUAGCUUCAGUCAUAGAGAGAUUGGAGAGGACAGAUCUGCAGACGGAUGAAUGUGAGACAGAAGGUGCAGAUGGGGAGUGUGACGCAUGCGCUGUUAGAAAAGCGAAAGCUUUGAAGUCCUGUCAGGGAUGUUUGGCCUCGCGCUGUGACGCUCAUUUUAUUACUGAUCUGAGAACAUGUGAAACACAGACGUGCUCUCGGCAUGACAGACCUCUGGAGGUGUACUGUCGCUCGGAUCAGAUGUGUGUUUGUUUUCUGUGUCUUCUGGAUGAACACAAGGGUCACGAUGUGGUGUCAGUCGCCUCAGGUAGAGCAGAGAAACAGACGCACCUGGAAGAAACCGUGAAGAAGGUCAAAGAUCGAGAGACUGAACUGAAUGAUGUCAAGAGGGCUGCGGAUAUUCUCAUGAACCUGAGUGAAGCCACAGAAGAAGCGGGAGAGCGAAUCUUCACAGAACUGAUAGACUUUAUCCAGAGGAGUCACACAGAGGUCAUGACGCUGAUCCAGAAUCACAUGAGAGCUGAGAUGAACCAAAUCCAACAACACGUAGAAGGUCUGGAGGAGAAGAUCUCUGAACUAAAGUGGGAAGAUUCAGAGCUGAGACGGCUUUCAGACACUGAACAUCACGUCUCUUACCUCCAGAAGGUCUUGUCUUCUCAGCGUGAAGACUUCUCCAGUCAGACCAUUAACCCUCAGUUCUCUUUUGGUGAGGUCAUUAAAUCUCUCACCUCAUUUACGCAACAAACACGAGACAUAUGGACACUGGAAAUCAGACGGAUAAACUCUGCAGUGAAAAGAGAUCAAAUCCUGCUGCCCUCUGAACCCAAGACCAGAGAAGACUUUCUACAAUUUCUGGUUCCUCUGAGUCUGGAUCCAAACACGGCUCACAGGAAUCUUGGUCUAACCGAUCAGAACCGAGCUGUGGCGUGCAGUACAGAAUCUCAGUCUUACCCGGAACAUCCCGAGCGUUUCCAAUGGUGGGCGCAGGUGCUGACCAGAGAGGGUUUGACAGGACGCUGUUACUGGGAGGUGAUCUGGAGGGGUCUGUACGGGGUGGACAUUGCGGUGGCUUACAAAGACAUCAAGAGAACUGGAGACGGGGAUGACAGCGGAUUCGGAUACAACAGAGACUCAUGGAGUUUGGACUGUUCUGAAUCCAGAUGUGCGCUGGUGCAUGAUAACACAGAGACUGAGAUGACAGGAGCCGUGUCUCACAGGAUCGGCGUGUAUCUGGACUACAGGGCAGGACUUCUGUCAUUCUACAGCAUCACAGACACCAUGACGCUCUUACACAGAGUCCACAACCACUUCACACAACCCCUUUAUCCAGGCUUCGGCCUCUUUCAGGGAUCCUGGCUGGUGUUUUCUGGGCCAUAAUUUAGCACAACGCCGCAAAAAAACAAAAAGUACGAUUUAUAAAUCAAGGCAAAGAUGAUGCCAUCCGGUGCCCAGCAAAACAUAAAUGCAAUGUUCAAUUGAUGCGUGACUCUAAAAAGAAAGCAAAGCAAUACAAAACAUCUGUUGUUUCUGUUGUUAACAUGGCAUUUUAGAAAAACAUUUCGAGAAUAACUUGCUGCAUUUCAUUUGUUGUUUUAUGUUUGUUUUAAGGUAGUGGCUCAACAUUUCCUGAUGCGAGUUAACAUUAAAUUAUUAGUUUACUUCAAACUGACAA